CUGUCCAUGUACAACCGAAGGAUGGGUGCGUUAUAAUUAUAGACACACCGUUUGUGCGCGGGAAGUCAACCAGUCGAUUGGUUCUCGCGAAUGGGAACGGUAUCGGUCAAGAGUGCUAACUCCAUUUUUUAACAGAUAAUUUUUGUGUAAAGUUAAGAAUAUUUGUGCGAAUUUUUUCGCUAUUUCUCUCCGUAAAGAUCCGUACAAGUGCCAAAUAAUACUUCGACUAACACGCGAGUUCGGUUUCGUUCCAAGGGAAUUAUUUAUUAUAUGAGUUCUCUUCUUAUCUCAAACUCUUCUUCGAAGAAUUAUUGUACACAAAUAAUUCAUUCCCGUAAAUAACUGGCUAAUGCUUUUCCGUUUCAUGUUUGUAUGACAUAAAGUAAAAAAGAAAAAAAAAUUGUGCAUUGUAAAGACAAUUCUGAAAUAUAUUAGAUAUGAAGAAUUUAUGGAAAUAUAAAACCGUGUAAUGUGCGAUAAUUACGUGAUGGACAUUACCUGCGAUACAAAUGUACUAGAGUGUAAAUAUUCAUUUAUGCGUGCGCGACACACCGUUUUGUUAAAGCACGCAUUAUUUUCAAAUAGUAAAAGUGUACGAAAACGUGUGGAACAGAUCGACUUUUGUCUCGACGGUUAUUGAUUGAUAAUUUUGAAUCUCGCGGUGUUGAUGUCCCCUUGACGCGAAUAAUCUUUUGUAUUUGUUAAUUUCAAUAUUUAAUGUAGUUUAAAAACGAAAUUUUUUUUACGUUAUUCGUUAGUCGUAUGCACAUACUCCGUGCGUUACGCUAAAGUAAUAGCAUAACAAAACAAAAAGAAGAUCGAUAGUUUGAAGGAAAAGAUGUAUUCGGUGUGCUUGACGAUUUUCCUCGUCGUAUCGAUAUGUAACUUGACCGCUCAGCAACCAACGUUCUUCAGAAGCACAUUCAAGGGGUUGAGUGGCCUCACACCAAGCGCCAUCGCGCUCAUGAAAGACGAGAUCCGAGCCGUUUAUUAUUACGAACAGACGGUGGCGGUGGUCGAUCUCGGUCGGAAAAAUGAAUUACACGAUUGCAAUAUAAUCGAAGUAUACGAGCCAUCCCAGGCUACGGAAGUUUUGCGAAACCUGUCUAUGACUUUACAUCCACAAGUGGUGUCCUUCCAGGAGAUAACGAGACUCAUGCAACAGUGCGAAUUGUUAGAUGGAUUACAGGUGCCGGCCACGACUACUUUGCCUCCCUCAAACGCACUGAGCAGAGGGACUCGCAUAGCCGCGAGUUCUAUAACUCUGUUCUCCGGUAUUCUGCCAGGCACAAAAUGGUGCGGGACCGGCGAUAUAGCCGAAAAUUAUCACGAUUUGGGCGAUCUACCUCACAUCGACAGAUGUUGUCGCAAUCACGAUCUUUGUCCAAUAAAAGUACGAGCUCAACAAACCCGAUACAACCUCACAAAUUAUUCUCUGUACACUAAGUCACAUUGUACUUGUGAUCAACUGCUUUACCAAUGUUUAAAAACUGCUAAUCAUCCAACAGCGAAUUUGAUGGGACAAAUAUAUUUCAAUAUCGUCAAGGUGCCGUGUAUAGAAGAUAUAGGAAAAAAUCGAUAUUCUUCCUCGGAUCCAUUAAGAAAAUUUGUACCUGUAAAAAGGGUAUAUUAACUAUGAAAUAUUAAUUAGCGGCAUAUAUAAAGUGUAUUAUAUUAAAAAAUUCAGUGUGUGUACGUGUGUGUGUGUGUAUUUGUGUAUAUAUACACACACAUAAAUACUCCAUUUAUUAUUGAUAAAUAAAAUUAAUAUUUAAUAUCGUAUAUGUAUAUUAU